AUGCGUAGUUGGUGGUGUGGUCCGGACUUCCUGCAAGGUGACGAGUCUGGCUGGCCAAAGAAUACCAAGUUUCAAGGGGAUAAUUUCGUAGAUCAAUUGCCCGAAUUUGAAGAAGUACAAUCUGUGUCUACAACCUUGGUUCAGGAUGAGAAAUCAACUAUUGGCGAGUUAAUCGAUUGUAAGAAUUACAGCGAUUAUGAGAAACUCGUUCGUGUCACCUGCUACGUGGUUCGCUUCGUAAAAAGUGUGCGGAAAAUGAAAGAACGCCGACCAUCAUCCUUGGAGCUAGACGAAAUCGAAUUGUCCGAAGCAGAAAUUUCGUGGACAAAAGACGCCCAGAGAUACUUUCGAGCAGAGCCUAAUUUCAAGCAAAGAAAAAGGUCGUUGCGACUAUUCGAAGAUGAGGAUGGAAUUUUAAGAUCGCAAGGAAGACUGGAUUUCACUCGAUUACCUUACUGUACACGUCAUCCAGCCGUUUUGCCAAGGGGUCAUCAUAACACAACACUGAUCGUUAGAAAAUGUCAUAGCCGAGUCAUGCACAAUGGGGUUAACGAGACAUUGAUCGAAUUACGAUCCAAGUAUUGGGUAGUUAAGGGAAGACAAGAAGUUCGAAAGGUAAUUUCCGGAUGUACUACAUGCAAACGAAUUGAAGGCAAAUGUUACCGAGCACCAUUGCCACCUCCACUACCUCAAUUUAGAGUGUCUGAACACUUCGCUUAUACGCAGUUAGGAGUGGACUUUGCAGGUUCGGUGUCGUAAAGAAUGUUUACACUCGAGCUAAGACGACGUACAAGGCUUACAUCGCCUUGUUUACAUGUGCCUCUGCACGCGGCAUUCAUUUGGAACUAGCUCCUGAUCUUUCUGCGCAAGCUUACGUUCGAAGUCUACAGCGUUACAUAGGACGACGCGGAGUACCUAGCUUCCUUGUAUCGCACAAUGGGAAGACGUUCAAGAAUUCUACUGUAAAGAAAUUCAUACAGCAGUAUGGUAUCACUUGGAAAUUUAAUGUCGCUCGUGCCCCAUGGUGGGGUGGAUUUUUUGAACGCUUGGUGCGCUGUGUUAAACGAUGUUUGAAAAAGACCCUCGGCAAUGCUCGUGUUUCCUUUGAAGAAUUCGAGACUGUUUUAAUUCAAGUGGAAGGAAUUCUAAAUUCGCGUCCACUACGUACGUGCACGAAGAAAUGUGCGAACCACUCACGCCUUCAACCAUGUGUGUUGGUCGACGAUUGUUAAGUAAUCCAAUAACGCAGGAAAAGAAAACCAACGACAACCUAGUUGAUGAUGCAAGAAGGAGAGAGAGGUUCCUGACUCGAGUAUUAAAUCAUUUCUGGGAACGAUGGCGUAAGGAAUAUUUGACGGAACUAUGAGAACAGCACAAACUAUUAAAAGCAUGGUUCAGCAGGUGAUUCGAUCAGCCAGGGAGACAUUGUUGUGGUUCAUGAAGAUAAAAUUCCUCGACAGCUAUGGAAAGUCGGUAGAGUUGAAGAUUUAAUGCGUGGUCGAGACGGGAAUGUACGUGCAGCAACUAUUAGAACAUCGUCUGGAGGUCAAGUGCAGCAACUACAAAGACCGAUUCAACGAUUGUAUCCAAUUGAAAUUUCUACGAAAAACCCAGGGACUGUUCCACAGAUAAAGUUCGUUCGAGACUAUGUGCCUAAUGCAAUACAAGACUUUAAUACUUGA